AUGAGCCUGGCUUGGAGCGCUGGCCGUGCCUGGAGUCGGCGAUGCUUCUCACAAGCGCCCAGCAUCCUCACACCGAGGAUAUACGCAAAUCUCCGUCGAUACGCCACGAAGCCCACGCCCGCUGAACUCGAAGCCCGAAUCGCCGCCAUCCCCAUCGAGAGAUACCGUAAUUUCUGCAUCGUGGCGCAUAUUGACCAUGGGAAGAGUACGCUGAGCGACCGGUUGUUGGAGUACACUGGUACGAUAUCUGCUAGCGAUGCGAACAAGCAGAUUCUGGAUAAGCUCGAUGUUGAGCGGGAGCGAGGUAUUACUGUCAAGGCGCAGACGUGUACUAUGAUUCACAAGCACAACGGGCAAGAUUAUCUGCUUCAUUUGGUUGAUACGCCAGGGCAUGUGGACUUUAGAGCUGAAGUUACGAGGUCAUAUGCUAGUUGUGGUGGAGCUUUGCUUCUCGUUGAUGCGUCGCAGGGUAUCCAGGCACAGACUGUGUCAAACUUCCAUCUUGCGUUUGCGCAGGACCUGGCGCUUGUUCCGGUGGUGAACAAGAUCGACAUGCCAGCUGCAGAUGUACCGCGGGUGCUACAGCAGAUGAAUGAUAGUUUUGAGCUCGAUCCCAAAGACGCUAUUAUGCUGAGUGCCAAAACGGGAAAGGGUGUACCAGAUGUUUUGCCCGCUGUUAUAGAGAGGAUUCCUCAUCCUGUUGGAGACGAGAAGAAGCCGCUCAAGAUGAUGUUGGUGGAUUCAUGGUACGAUAACUUCAGAGGCGUAGUGCUGCUGGUGCGGUUAUUCGAUGGCACGAUCAAAGCAGGUGAUAGCGUUGUUUCUCUGGGGACGGGGAUGAAGUACACUGUUGGACAAGUUGGCAUUCAGUACCCGCAUGCUAUACCCCAAGCGACUCUCAGCGCAGGACAAGUCGGUUACGUGUACUUCAACCCGGGCAUGAAGAAGAUCCAAGACGCCAAACUGGGCGAUACAUUCACCUUUGUCGGGGCCGAAGACAAAGUCGAGCCGUAUCCUGGCUUCGAGGAGCCCAAGCCCAUGGUCUUCGUGGCAGCGUUCCCCACGGACCAAAGCGACUACAGUCGUUUGGCGGAUAGUAUCGGACAGCUCGUCCUCAACGACCGAAGUGUCACGCUGCAGAAGGACCACUCUGAGGCGCUCGGUGCGGGCUGGCGGUUAGGGUUUCUGGGGAGUUUGCACUGCUCUGUGUUCCAGGAUCGGUUGAGGCAGGAACAUGGGAAAAGUGUUAUUCUGACGGAACCGACUGUGCCGUCCAAGAUUAUAUGGCCUGAUGGGUCGGAGGAGAUAGUGUCGAAUCCGGCGCUGUUUCCGGAGACGAGCAAUCCUAAAGUGAAGCAGUCACAACUCUUGGAGCCAUAUGUCACUGCGACAAUCACCAUGCCAGAGGAAUACCUCGGGCGUGUGAUUGAGCUCUGCGAAGCCAAUCGUGGAGAACAGAAGAGUUUGGAGUUCUUCCAUACAACGCAGGUUAUUCUACAGUAUGAGAUUCCAACGGCUCAAUUAGUCGAUGACUUGUUUGGAAAGCUCAAGAGCGUAACCAAGGGAUAUGCGACGCUAGAUUAUGAAGAUGCAGGUUGGCGGGAGAGCCACCUCGUCAAGCUGCAGCUGUUGGUGAACAGACAGCCUGUCGAUGCGAUCUGCAAGGUAGUUCAUUCAUCGCAGGUUGAUAGGCUUGGAAGACAGUGGGUUACCAAGUUCAAGGAGCAUGUUGAUCGUCAACAUUUCGAGGUCGUCAUUCAAGCUACAGCAGGUAAUCGCAUCGUAGCGCGAGAAACCAUCAAGCCCUUCCGUAAGGAUGUGCUCGCCAAGUUACACGCUGCUGAUGUAUCGAGAAGAAGAAAGCUAUUGGAGAAACAAAAGGAGGGCAGGAAGAGGUUACGUGCUGUGGGUAAUGUCAUUAUUGAUCAGUCGGCUUUCCAGAGCUUCAUGUCGAGAUGA